AAUGAAUGUUUGUAAAGUAGAAUUUGACUACUACACACAACUUCGAAUUCUACAGUAUACUGAAUCAGUUUUGGUAUUGGUUUGAAGAGAAUGAAGCAAUCAAAGGAUCCAUUCGAAGCAGCAUUCGAAGAAUCACCACCAGAAUCCCCAAUUGAAACCGAACCAGACCCAGAUGCAUCCACAGAAAACCCUAAUUCCACCAAUUCAUCUCUUCCACAAUCCACUCUCACUCAUGAAGAAGAACACAAUCACAUCAAAACCCCAAACUCCAAUAACACAAUCACCAAGCAUAAAGAUGAAGAAGAUGAUGAAGAAGAAGAUAAUAUGGAUGUUGAACUUGCUAAGUUUCCUACUGCUGGUGACCCUCAUAAAAUGGCUAAGAUGCAGGCUAUUUUGUCACAGUUUACUGAAGAACAAAUGAGUAGAUAUGAGUCAUUUCGUAGAGCUGGAUUCCAGAAAGCUAAUAUGAAGCGGUUAUUAACAAGCAUCACUGGGACCCAGAAAAUCUCGAUUCCAAUUACGAUUGCAGUAUCGGGGAUUGCAAAAGUGUUCGUGGGUGAAGUUGUGGAAACAGCUAGAACAAUUAUGAAAGAGAGGAAGGAAACUGGACCAAUUCGGCCCUGCCAUCUGAGAGAAGCACAUAGACGACUAAAGCUUGAAGGAAAAAUCUUUAAAAGAACAACCUCGAGGCUCUUUCGGUAAUGGAGCAAAUAUGAUUUUUGGGAUCAUAUGAUUUGCUUGCAACAGUGACUUGCAGGCAUGAAAAGCAUUUAAUCCAAACGUCCAGCUUUUCGAAUCAUCAGGAAAGAGUGAAUCAAUGUUGGUAUCCAUUACUACAAAAUAAAAUGUGUAAUAGACUUGAGCAACAUUUUUUCUUUUUAGUUGUGUAAAAUAUCAUUAGUUAAUGUUUUUAUUGUAUUAUAAUUUACUACCUGUCACCAUCAACUAGCAACAAGUUCUUACAAGCAUAUUUGGUGUUUUAGAAUAGAAAAUCACUGUGCAAGGGUUAAAAGGAGUGUAUCCUUAUUUAUGCUUAGUUCAUCAAAGGGAGUAAUUUGUCUGAAUAUUUGCUUCUAAAAUAGUUAGAUGGAUACCAAGUCCUGCGCUUCUAAA